GGGGAAUAGGGCUCCACUAAUAGGCUUAUCUCAUUAUAUAAAAAGGAAAGGAGGCAGCAUUCCAUCUCUCUUUAGUCUGGUGACAAAAACCCAACGUCAUACUGGACUGAUUUAAAACCAUGUGGCUUCGUUUUCUUCUGUUGGCUGUUGUAGCAGUAGAAGGAGCCCGACAUCGAAGAAACAGAGGACGUUUCAGAGGGCGUAUGACUUCUAUGAGAGAAGUUCCACCAUUGGGGGCAGGAACUCUCAGGGGAAGGGCAGUAGUCCCUGUUGAAGGGGGAGAGGUGGGCCAAGAUUCUCAAUUAACUAUCUCUGGCACUGGAACAAUAAAAAAAAACGGCGCAACCAGAUUAAAUCUACAAGUUGACAUAGAAGGACCGGUAGGACAAAUUGGUGGGCAGGGAACGGCAGCUGAAGGACCUGAUGAGGGGCUGGGAGGAGGGGUAGAACCCGAAGGAGGAGGUGUUAAUGGUCCAUCAAAAGAAAUGGGUGGCCAACCAAAACCUCUUGGAUUAUUGGGCCUGGCAGCAAAAGUUGGAAGCAUAGCAUUGAAGGGAGGAAAGGCAGGAAAGGUAGCAAGUAAGGUAGUUGGAACAGCAAGUAAGAUAGCUGGCAUAUCUGGAAAAAAAGGAAGCAGCACACGCGUAGGAAGCGUGACAGGUGGUCUUGGUGGAGGCGCAGUCAGUCCAGUAGGAGGAAUAGGAAGCACAUCAGGAGGUCAAGCAAGGGUAGCAGGAGGGCUAGGUGGCACAGCAGGCGGAUUAGGAGCCCCAGGAGGCGCAGUUAGCACAACAGGAGGGCUGGGAGGCGCAGUUAGCACAACAGGAGGGCUGGGAGGCGCAGGAGGAGGUUUAGGAGCGCCUGUGGGAGGGUUAGGAGCCCCAGUGGGAGGGUUAGGAGCCCCAGAGGGAGGGCUGGGAGCCCCAGUAGGAGGGUUAGGAGCACCAGAAGGAGGGUUAGGAGCCCCAGAAGGAGGGUUAGGAGCCCCAGAGGGAGGGUUAGGAGCCCCAGAAGGAGGGUUAGGGGCCCCAGUGGGAGGAUUAGGAGCCCCAGAAGGAGGGUUAGGAGCCCCAGAAGGAGGUUUGGGAGCUCCAGAGGGAGGGUUAGGAGCCCCACAAGGUGGUUUAGGAGCCCCAGUGGGAGGAUUAGGAGCCCCAGAAGGAGGGUUAGGAGCCCCAGAGGGAGGUUUAGGAGCCCCAGUGGGAGGGUUAGGAGCCCCAGAAGGAGGAAUAGGAGGUUUGGAAGGAGGAUUUGGAGCAGGAAUACCUGCUACUGGUCCUACUGCAGGUGGCCAAGAAGGAGGGGCAUUCCCGGCAGGAGGCCUAGCAGGAGAAACUGCUCCUCCGGUCAAGGACGCCUGGAAGACUAAAAAGACUGGAUUUAAAAAGCAGCGAGGCGAGGACCUUGGGCUGUUAAACAGCAAAAAGAAAGGUCACAUUUCCCAUCACAAGCAUGGUUAAUUGUUUAUUUUGCUAGGCU